AUGUCGACCUUUGACGGCUUUUUCCCCGAAUUCGAAGCCAUCCGCAUCGAUUGCUUCCGUCCCCUCCCCGGACGCCCCCCACCGCUAGCCUGCUUCCUCUCCCAUGUCCACUCUGACCACCUCCGCGGUCUCGAGUCGCUGCGUGCCCCUUUCGUCUACUGCUCCCGCGCCACGCGCCAGACCUUGCUGAAGCCCAUCCCACUCGACACGCCCACCACCAUCGAGCUCUCCCCCGGAAAUGCCGUCCGCGUCACCCUCCUCGACGCCAACCACUGCGUCGGCGCCGUCAUGUUCCUAAUCCAGUCUCGCGCCAAGGCUGUCCUGUACACCGGCGACAUAUAUCUCGAUACUACCUUCGCCAGCGCCUCCGCUGCCGACCAAGAUUUCCCGUCCAAGGCUGACGGCGUACGCGAGCUGCUGGACAAGGUCGCACGGUACCCGCCGGACACAAUCUUUCACUUUGAGGCGUGGACGUUCGGGUACGAGGACGUGUGGGUGGCACUCGCCGCCUUCCUGGACAGUCCCAUCCACCUGGAUCAGUACCGCUGGCGGCUGUACAAGUCACUCGAGGUAGCCGGCGCGCCCGAGGCACCGCCACUGUGCGGGUUUGACCUCGGCAAUCAUCGGCAGCGAGGCUGCUUGACGACGGACCCACACGUGCGUUUGCACAGCUGCGAGCGUGGGACGCCGUGCCCCGUCGUCGACGGCAAUGCCGCUGUCGUGCAAAUCGUGCCGGUUGUGACGCGCCGGUACGAUGGUACCCACGUUCCCGAGGCGGGCCGUGGCGGCGGGAAAGGCAACCUUGACCGCAUCGCCGAGCUGGAGGCUCCUGCCGCGGUGUUGCCCCGUAUCCACGCCCUCUGCGCCCAGCAUCUGCAAGACCGGACACUGCUCGCCGAAGGCCUCCGCAUCCGUCUCGACACCGAUGACGCCUGGGACCUGGACGUUGACGCCGACGCACCCGCCCAUACUCUCAACGACCUUGUCGCCCUGCUCGCACGAACCGCCCAGCCCGCAACCGCCGACUCUGCCGUCCCGGACACUCCGCUCCCACGCACCAUCACGUUCCCAUAUUCGCGCCACGCCUCUCACCGUGAGCUAUGCGGCUUGGCGCGCGCCCUCGCGCCGCGGGAUGUGUAUCCCUGCACGGUAGAUGAGGAUGCGUGGACACCGGAGAGCGGGAUGCGUGCGCUGUUUGGGCGGUUUUGCUCCGGUGACGUUUUUGCGCAUGAUGAGAUGAUGAUGAGGAAGCGAGAGAUGGCAGAUGAAGGGACGAGGAGAGAGGAACAGGGUGGGGAGAGAAUAGAAAAGGACGGUGAUGAUGAUGGAGGAGAGUGCCAAAAAAAGACGGAGAGAAACUUGCGUGAUUGAUCUAGGCGACGAUGACGACACGAGCGAUACAGGAAACGAGGACGAGGAAGGCAUUAACAACAACAGCAAGAGCCCAGAAGAUGCAGGCAGACACAAACACCACGAAAAACCCACAAUCCUGACAGCAGCCAAAACCA